AUGGCCAAUAUAAAGAACUCAAAGUGAGCCUUCCAGGCAAAUUUAAUGGCAUACAAAGCAAAUUCAGAGGGUUUUUGAAUCAAGUCUGUCUUUUUGCUCUUUUGUUAGAAAAACAAUCAAAACUAUUGGAUGACUUUGAUACAUUAGUUAAAGAGCUCGAGGCAACGUUUGGUGAUGUUGAUAAGUUCAGAACAGCUGCCAACAAAAUACGAAAACUCAUUCAGGGAUCAAGACCAGACUCAAGUUAUGCUUCAGAAUUUAGGCAAAUUUCUAAAGACUCCAUUUUACUAAAUAAUGCAAUUUCGAAGGCAGAGCAUUCUAGAGACCUGAAUUCGAAAAGAUAUCUUAACCAAGCCCCCAAUAGCUUAUCUACUCCAACCACAGAACCCAUGCAAAUAGAUGCUAUAAAAUAUAAGCUAUUGUCUGUCAAAGAGAAAGAACAGCAUUGUACAAAUAAUAUUUGCUUAUACUGGGUUUUCGGAAAAAGAGCAAUCUCAGUCGCAGUAAGAGGGCUUUGGCUGAAUCAAGAUAUUAGUUUACUUUCUAAAAUUCUACCACCCAACCUAUCUACAGACACACUUAUCUUUAAACUAUGUUUGGGUUUAUCAGACGAACCCAAAGUAAAUAUCUUAGCACUGAUCGAUUCUGGCACUUUAGCUUGCUUCUUAGAUAUCACAUUUGCCCAAAAACAUAAUAUAAGCUUCCAAAAAAAAGAAACACCAUUAAUGAUAGAAGUAAUUGAUGGGUGCGAGAUCUCUUUAGGGAAUGUUACACAUGAAACAGAACUAUUAUCUCUGAGCUCCCAAGACCACUAUGAGGAAUUGUCAUUCAAUCUCAUCCCUUCCUUUCACUAUUCAGUGAUUUUAGACUUACUAUGGCUAGUCCUAUAUAAUCCUACAGUUAACUGGCAUGAGCAACCUAUUACUUUUACUAACCUAUUGUGUAAGGCACAUCAUCUAAACCCAAAGACCCAAAAAAAGGCUAAUUCCAAACAAGAACAAUUAUACACAGUUCAAGUCUUUACAACACUAGCAUCUAGUUCUUACUCUACUAAUAUUUCAAUUGUUUCUGAAAAAUACCAAGACUUCAAUAAUGUUUUUAACAAAAAUAAAGCUGAUAAAUUAUCUGUAAACUGGCAGUAUGGCUGUGCCAUCGAUUUGCUGUCUGGUAAACAACCACCAUAA